CUCAUGGAUGCUCUGACUGUAGGAUCGUGCUAACUGACCCCUCUGGAGUUUUCACUUCUCCAUGCUUCCCCAAUGAUUAUCCCAACAGCCAAGCGUGCAAAUGGAUCAUCCGAGCACCUCAUGGAUUCAUCAUACAGCUAACAUUUAUUGAUUUUGACAUUGAAGAAGCUCCAGGCUGCAUUUAUGAUUCACUGACAUUAGACAAUGGAGAAAGCUCAAUGAACCUUUGUGGCAUCACUGCCAAAGGAUUAUCCUAUAACUCUACUGGAAAUGAAAUGAUCGUGUCAUUUAAGAGUGACUUCAGUAUCCAGAAGAAAGGUUUUAAUGCCAGCUAUGUACGAAUUGCCGUGUCCCUGAGGAAUCAGAAAGUCAUCAUUCCCCAGGUUCCCGAUGUCGAUGUUGUGUCCGUGGCAGAGACUGUCUCAGUGCCAGAUCUUAGCCAGUUUACACUGUGCUUUGAAGCAACCAAGGGCAGUAGUGAUGACAAUGACGACUGGAAGGUUUUCUCCUACACCGAUACGUUGUCGACAGAAUUCUUCAGCUUUGGGAAGACCACAGAAGGCCAUUUUCUGUCCAUCUCAGGCACACAGUGCCUCCUUGAGAAUGCAUUGCCCCAAAAUGCAGAGUUUUUCACAGGAACCUUUCAACAGCUCUGUGUGGUAGGGGAUAGCUUCUCAGGCAGUAUAGGUAUAUAUGCCAAAAGCACCUAUCGUACAGUGUACUGUCCGGGAAUCUUUGGCAAAGUUAUCCCUGGAAACGGGAGGCUGGUGCUGGGCUCUAACAGCAAUGACAUGAGCUCUCUAAAUGGGGACAUUUACAACUUCCGCCUCUGGAAUUUCACCAUGAAUGCGCAAACACUGGCCAACCUCAGCUGUGAUGUGAAAGGAAACAUUGUAGACUGGGAAAAUGAAUUCUGGAGUAUUCCAACUUCAGCACUGAAAGCAGAAAACAAUUUGAGUUGUGGCUCGUACCUAAUUCCCUCUUCUGCAAUUGAACCAACCAGUUGUGCAAACCUGGGAAGCCUUUGCCAAGCUACUGUAAAUGCUACUACUCCUACACCACCCACUGUCACCACUAACAUGCCCGAUAGUAAUAGAAACGAUAAGCCAAACAAUGGUGGGCUAUUCUACCGGAUAUCUAUAACUGUCUUUAGUUCCAACUCCAACUCAGAGACAAGAGCACGUGAUGUGGUUGCAGAAUGGCUAAACCGUACUUUCCAGAACUGGAACUACACUGUGUAUGUGGUCAAUAUCAGCGAGAAGCCUCGCCCCAUAAAAGAGGGAGUAAGAGAAAAAAGAAAUAUUGACAGCCCUUUUGAGUUUUUGGCUCUUCUGGUUUAUAAUGCUACCAACAACAUCAAUUUAGAAGAGGAAGAAAUCCGACAGAGGCUCAUAAAUAAUAAUGGGACCAUGGAAGGAGGAUAUAAGCUUCAGACUGUGGAUGUUGAUCCAGUGGAAAAAUGUUUAGCUGAAGAAAACCCUCCAAACUAUUUUUGGCCAGAUACCAGACCAACUGUGACCAAUUUCACAUUAUGCCAUGGGAGCUCAGUUCAGACUGCAUCAAGAACCUGCUAUUUGGGUCUGAAGAAUUAUACAUCAUACUGGGGCCAGCCAGAUCUUAGAAAUUGCUCAGAAAAUGCAGCUGAUAUAGCAAAUCAGCUUCUGAAUCUCACUGGUGAAGGGCAGCAGCUAACCUCAGACAAAGUAAAUGAUGUUGUGCAGAAGCUCAAAAAAAUUGUGAACGAUGAAGAAAUUGAUGAAUCUCUGGGUUCUACCGUGGUGACAAUUUUUUCCAAUAUUCUAACCAGUUCAGACAGUGUGUUGGCAGCAUCAUCUUCAGAAGCUCUGAAAACUCUUGAUGCCCUGGCUUUAAAGAUCCAGUUCACUGGACCAUCCAUGAGUAUUUCAACACGAAACCUCGCACUUGGAGUGUCUUCUAUAAACUCAACUUCAUUCAAAGGUGGUUCUUUCAGCGUCAGUCCACAGAAUAAUGCAUCUGAUUUCCAGAUAGAUUUUGACAAGGAUCAGACAAAUGCCUACGCUUCUGUUGUUCUGCCACCAAGUUUACUGAAGAAUCUAAGUCAAGAUGAGUUUGAAGUUAUAUCCAGGGCUCAAUUUACUUUCUUCAAUAAAAAUGGUCUUUUUCAGGAUGCAGAAAAUCCUGCCAAUUUGACCAGUUUCGUGGUGGCAUGCAGUAUUGGAAACAUAACCAUUCAGGAUCUUCAGGAUCAUGUGAAGGUUACAAUUAAGCAUACCAAAAUUCAGGAAGAUCCUAAGCCUACCUGUGUCUUCUGGGAUAUGAAUAAAAAUGGUGGCAAUGGUGGCUGGAACCCUGCGGGCUGCCGAGUGGAUGCAGAGUCCAACGAGAACGAGACGGUUUGCUUAUGCAACCACCUCACGCACUUCGGGGUCCUCAUGGACCUUCAGAGGACCGUUACACAAAUAGACCCACAGAAUACCAAGGUCCUGACCUUUAUCACUUACGUAGGCUGUGGGAUAUCUGCUAUAUUUUCAGCUGCAACUCUUCUGACAUAUAUUGCAUUUGAGAAGCUGCGAAGAGAUUAUCCAUCCAAAAUCCUGAUGAAUUUGAGCACAGCCCUGCUCUUUCUUAACCUGAUCUUCUUGCUUGAUGGUUGGAUUGCAUCAUUUGGCAUCGAUGGCCUCUGCAUAGCUGUAGCUGCACUUUUGCACUUUUUUCUUCUGGCCACCUUUACAUGGAUGGGACUAGAAGCCGUUCAUAUGUACAUUGCUCUAGUGAAAGUGUUCAACACCUAUAUACGGCGAUACAUACUGAAGUUUUGCAUCAUUGGGUGGGGUUUGCCAGCUCUGGUGAUAGCAAUUGUUUUAGCAAGUGCUAAUACAAAUGCAAGUCAUGUUUAUGGCAAAGAGUUAUACGGCAAAGAUGCUAAUGGGCAAGGAGGAGAUGACUUCUGCUGGAUCAAGAAUGAUGUUGUCUUUUAUGUGACUUGUGCUGGCUACUUUGGAAUCAUGUUUCUGAUGAACGUUGCCAUGUUUAUUGUGGUGAUGGUGCAGAUCUGUGGGAGGAAUGGGAAAAGAACUAAUCGGAGCCUGAAGGAAGAGAUCCUGAGGAACCUCCGUAGCGUAGUCAGCCUGACCUUCCUCCUGGGCAUGACGUGGGGCUUUGCCUUUUUUGCCUGGGGUCCCUUAACACUUCCUUUCCUGUACCUCUUCUCCAUUUUCAAUUCAUUGCAAGGUUUAUUUAUAUUUGUAUUCCAUUGCGCUAUGAAGGAAAAUGUGCAGAAACAAUGGAGGAGGCAUCUCUGUUGUGGCAGAUUCCGACUGGCAGACAAUUCAGAUUGGAGCAAAACAGCGACCAAUAUUAUAAAGAAGAGUUCUGAUAAUCUUGGGAAAUCCUUAUCCUCUAGUUCCAUCGGCUCCAAUUCAACCUACUUAACAUCCAAAUCAAAAUCUACAACGAAUACAUAUUGUAAACGAAACAGCCAUACAGAGAAUGUUUUUCUUGACAAGCCAUCUUCAAAAUUUGCCCAAGAGGAUGGAGAACAGACAUCAAUCAUCCCUGUCCACCAGGUUAUUGACAAGGUCAAGGGAUACUGCAAUCCUCACUCCGACAACUUCUAUAAAAGUAUCAUCAUGUCUGAAACAUUUAGUCACAGCACAAAGUUCUAACUGGGCUUCUGAAUUUUUUGAACCAAAUGAAGACAAAA